UUAUCGGGCUCUCGGACCGUUUCGGAUUAAUAAAGUCGUCGCACCGUCGAGCGUACAGCGAUGCAGUUGAUCGAGCGAAUCAAUCAACUGUUCUCCAGAGAAAGGAAACAUUGGCCAGUGUUGGCUGACGGAUCAGAGAGACGCGAUGACUGCGGGAAGGGUUGCGAAGCUACUGCUGAUUGCAGGAUUUCUGCUGAUCGGUUCGGGAGUACGGACGGCAGACGCGAAGAAAGGAUGUGCCAGAUACGAAGUUAUAGAGAGCGGUGAGCUGCCCUGCGAGAUCAAGCAAGAGAUCGUCGAGGUUCACAACAAGUAUCGGCAAAAAGUGGCCAAAGGAUUAGUCAAGGGACAGCCCCGGGCCUCGAACAUGCGAGAAAUGUACUGGGACGACGAGCUUGCAAAAGGCGCUCAGGACUGGGCGAACCAUUGCGAAUUCGAGCACAACCUCGGCCACGAGAGAAAAGUCGCGAGAUUCGACGUUGGACAGAAUCUCGGCAUCUCCAGAAGUAUCGGUAGAAGGGAUAAUGAGAUGCGAGCCGAAUUCUCCAAACACAUCAAGACUUGGUUCGACGAGAACGAGCAGUUCAAGUUCGCGCCGAUCAGUGGCGCGGGAGGCACCGGUCAUUAUACGCAGGUCAUCUGGGCUGAUACAUAUUUGGUUGGAUGUGGUUACGUACGUUACAAAGAAGGCGCGACCAUGAGUCAAUUUUAUGUCUGUAAUUAUGGCCCAGCAGGCAACAUGCUAAUGAAACAGCCGUACGAUGUUGGAAAACAAAAGUGCGGCAAUGAACUUGUGAAAUCGAAAACUUAUCUCGGUUUAUGUGCUAUGAGGGAACCACCGAGUUUCCAAUGCAGUUCAAAAGGUAAAUCGGCCCGUCGUCUUCUUUCUGGUAGAAAGAAGAAAAGCCAUGCCAGCAAAAAGUGUAAAGGCAGUGAGUGUUUUGCGCGUAGAGCGAUGAGCACAUUUGAAACCGUGGAAGUCAAUGAUACGGAUUCUAAUUUGAAAAAAGUUUACAAUUUAAUAACGAUAAAUGUAUUUCACUGAUGGAACUUAAUAACUAUUUAAUUUGAAUUUUGAAAUCUAUCGAAUGUUCAUUCAUCUUCAUAAGCUCUUAUCUGCAAAAUAAUUAAUUGUGUUCUGUCUAGACAUGCGGUUUAAUAAUAUUCAACUUUCUUACAAUUAUUAUAUGACAAGGUACACCAUAAGAAUCAAACGACAAUUAAACAAUUUGCAUAAUCAUUUAUUACAAUUCUUUUUUUUUCUUAAAAAAAGAGAGAAAGAAAAACAGCUCCAGCUUAAGUUUAAAACAAAGAAUGAGCAGACCUACAUUCGACAAUAGUUUUUUCUUUUCUACACAUUUUCGUCGCGACCUUGCAUCAUUUUGGUCAAUUAUGCGCAACCAUAUGACAUAUUAUAUAUCAUGUAUCGUCUAAAAAUAUAUACGAUCGCCUAAAAAAGGGAGACUUCUUAAUAUACAUAUCUCUUUCUCUUUCAUCGUGCAACGAUUUGUAAUUAGGACCGCACGAGGUACAUAACUCAUCGCGCAAGCUGACGCGACAUAUGCUUUGACAUCCACUGAUCUGACGACAGUUUAUUUUUUUUUUCAUUUUUCUUAUGCGUUUGCGUCUUCAAGGGGACGGAGUUAGAAAUGUCGAAUGUUUAAAGGUUUUCUAAUGCAAAAUCUACUUCAAAUGUUAAAUAUCAAGAACUACGGAAUUCUGAUUGAAGAUUUGCAAGAGUAUCAGAUUCAAAUCACAAAAUCGCAUGUAUAAUUCAUGGAUCCGAUACUUCAAAAUCCAUUUCUCACAUCCAUUAAAUUGCAUUAUUCGCAUAUCGA